AAAGAAAUCAGUAUACGGUUCAAGAUCAUCAGUGAUUAUUGAACAAUGUCUAUGAGGACCGCACUUUUUCUUCUAAUGGUGCUGAUGGGAUGUGCAUAUGAACUGGAUCAGAAUGAGUCGUAUUCACCUAGAAGAGCACGCUUUUCAUCAAAUACCCCUUCUGAUGUAGCACGCUGUCUGAACAGUGCCCUCCAGGUAGGCUGUGGAGCCUUUGCCUGUCUGGAGAACUCCACGUGUGACACAGACGGCAUGCAUGACAUCUGCAAGUCCUUUCUGUACAGUGCAGCUAAAUUUGACACUCAGGGCAAAGCCUUUGUUAAAGAAAGCCUCAAGUGCAUUGCCAACGGCAUCACCGCCAAGGUUUUCCUCACCAUCCGUCGCUGCUCCACCUUCCAAAGAAUGAUCUCAGAGGUUCAGGAGGAGUGCUACAGCAAGCUGGAUAUCUGCACUAUAGCCCAAACCAAUUCAGAUGCUAUUGGAGAGGUGGCACAGCUCCCAAGCCACUUCCCCAACAGGUUUUACAGUAAGCUCCUCCAAAGCCUUAUGGACUGUAAUGAAGAGACUGUGGACCUGGUGAGGGCCAGUGUGGUGUCCAGGCUUGGCCCAGAGAUGACAGUUCUUUUCCAGCUGCUGCACAACAAGCCUUGCCCCUCAGUGGUGGCUGCUGCUGUUCCAACAGGAAUGGAGGGCCGUGGUAGCUGGCGGUGGCCCACGGGUCCACACAUUUAUAAGAUCCAGCCUGGUCUGCGUAACAGAGACACUGCCAGCCAUUUUGGCAAGAAGCGUGUCACUGGAGACAAUUCCUAACUCCACUCAGAUACAAAAUAUACACACACCUUUAGCAAAUAC